CGUCGGGGCCGGGAGCGGGGCCGGGCACCCCCGGGGAGGGCCGGUAACCGGGGCCGGGGCUGCGGCCGGGCGCUGCUCUCCAGCGCCCGAGGGGAGGAUUUUCCAUCCCGGCGUUUUCUGGGGCGUUUUGUGCUCGGCGCAGGGAGAGGGGGAAGAAUUUCGAUUUUUAAUUACUACCAUUAAAAAAAUCAAAUUUGCAAUUCUUUGGGUGGCCUGAUGGAUUCCCUGAUUGACAGCCGGAAUUGACACUCUGGGUACCUCUUAUCUCGGGCAUUUACGGCAAUUUCUAAUUGCAGGUGAUGCCGCCGGAGCCGCUGCCCAAGGGGAGCUCCCGCUGCCUCGACCCGCACGCUCGAGCCAUGUCACAGCCCGACGGGGAGCCGCUGCCCGGCUCCCUGGAGAAGGAGGACGCCCGCUCGGCGCCCAGCACGCCCUCCACGCCGUCCGUCUGCUCCCCGCCGUCCUCCUCCUCCUCCACGCCGUCGGCCGGCAAGAACGUCUGCUCUAGCUGCGGGCUGGAGAUCCUCGACCGGUACCUGCUCAAGGUGAACAACCUCAUCUGGCACGUCCGCUGCCUGGAGUGCUCCGUGUGCCGCACCUCGCUGCGGCAGCAGCACAGCUGCUACAUCAAGAACAAGGAGAUCUUCUGCAAGAUGGACUACUUCAGCCGGUUUGGUACCAAGUGCGCCCGCUGCGGCAGGCAGAUCUACGCCAGCGACUGGGUGCGGCGAGCGCGGGGCAACGCCUACCACCUCGCCUGCUUCGCCUGCUUCUCCUGCAAGCGCCAGCUCUCCACCGGCGAGGAGUUCGGCUUGGUGGAGGAGAAGGUGCUGUGCCGGAUCCACUACGACACCAUGAUCGAGAACCUCAAGCGAGCGGCGGAGAACGGCAAUGGGAUCACGCUGGAGGGGGCUGUGCCCUCGGAGCAGGACAGCCAGCCAAAGCCAGCCAAGAGGGCUCGCACCUCCUUCACCGCCGAGCAGCUGCAGGUCAUGCAGGCACAGUUCGCUCAGGACAACAACCCCGAUGCACAGACGCUGCAGAAGCUGGCAGACAUGACGGGGCUCAGUCGGAGAGUCAUUCAGGUUUGGUUUCAAAACUGCAGAGCCCGCCAUAAAAAACACACCCCGCAGCACACGGUGCCGCCCUCGGGGGCCCCCCCAUCCCGCAUCCCUUCCUCGCUCUCUGAUGACAUUCACUACUCGCCCUUCAGCAGCCCGGAGCGGGCCCGCAUGGUGACGCUGCACGGAUACAUAGAAAGUCAGGUACAGUGUGGACAAGUGCACUGUAGACUCCCCUACACUGCUCCACCAGUGCACCUCAAAGCAGACAUGGAAGGACCACUAUCUAAUAGGGGUCAUCCUCUUUCAGUACUGACUGCGCGAACUCUUCCUCAUCUGCCCAUGGCGCUACCAGCACCACUGCCCCUCAGCCGCUGAAACCCAGCGUCCAGCCCAAGGCAACUGUUAUCAGUCAUGCAGGAGAAACUCAGACCCAGCAUUCUCAGUUCUUGCCAUUGACCAGCACCUAACAUCCACUAUUAUUUCUCCAGCGCCACUCUGUGUAUGUGUGUGUUGAGUGCAGAGUUCCAUUUUUCACUUGUUUCUUGUGGACUUGUAGAAUGACCGUGAGUCUCUCCAAGGCAAUGCCAGACACAGUCAGAAGUAGUGACUCUACUGUGCUUGCAACUCUUGCUCCCAAACCCAUGGGAAUACGAACAAACCAGAACAUGCUGAGUCUCGGGGAGGGGGUCGAUGAUCACCUCUUGAACAUAAAGGAAGGAGGAAUUUACGUGGUUUGGCCUGAUUCUCGUUUUGCACCAGUGAAGCGCUGUCGGUUCCCGGACGUCCCUCCCGAUUUCCACUUGCAUGUGUGAAAUCUGAAAUGAGCUUUUUGGCUCAGCAACGUGAUAUAUACACAGAUCUUCCUGAGCCAAACUCGCAGGUAGCUGAGACUCCACUAAGUGGAAAACGUUGAUGCCAGCUGGAAAUAGGCAGUUUUUUCUUCCUCCUCAAAGUGCUUUAGAAUCACUUGUCCUUUGAUCACUCUAAGGUAAGUAAAUCUUAGUGGGUUUUCCCCCCCGUUUUAUAGGAGGGGAAACCAAGGUGUCCUAAACUGGGAAGAACCGUGGGGGUUGGCGGCAGAGCCAGGUUGAACACCCUGAAGUUUUUGAUUGCUGACUUGUUCUUAGAACACUGAGUAUCUCUCUCCUUCUCUCCGAGCCAUCUGCCAAAUCUUGUUUUUUUACUCUUGUUCUUCAUUAACAAGCUACUUUAAUUCCUUGAAGUCACGUUGGAUCACAAAUGGGUGGUUGCAGAAUGUACCUACACAAACCCCUCAGACACUCCAUACGCUGGGAGUGGGAAAUCCUCAAUGGAAGCUGGUUGUGAAGGCCUAGAAAUGUUCUGCCCUGGUGCGGACCCAAGUUCAGUCGGUGGGAACCGUGGGGUAGAAAUGGGAGAUUGGUUAAAAGGCAAAACCCUCGGCAAAGCCAGCAGGAAGAGUCCUAGCUGAG